GGGAGUGUCUUCAUGUGAGCUCUCGCCAUCUCUGAAAAGCAGUCGCCUCCGCUCCUCAUAAGCUGUUGAGAUACUCGAUCCUACAUACCCUACACCACACACUACACGCACGGAGAAGGCUGGUGUGUGCUUGUUAAGCAUCGUUAAGGCCGGCCCUUAACUACCACGGACCCAACCUCCAUCGAAUCUGUGCUGCUUUAAAUUUUAUAGCUGCUGUCCAAUGGCGUCGGAGCCGCCCUUCGGUGGGGCAUCUAUUCCAUUUGGAGCCCACCAGCCUUCGUUCGGGCAACCAACAGAAGUCGGUUCUGGUACAGCUUCUUACUUCGGCGGUUUUGGAGGCGGACAAGAGUCUCCUACUGGCAAUCCAUUUUCCUUUGCUAACAGUUCAAUUCCUUCGCUGCCCCCUGGUCAGGGGUUCCAACAGAAUUUCCCGAGCCCCCCAAAACAGACCCCCGCAUCUGUACCCAGUAGCAUGACUGCUCCACAACAUGACCCUGCUGCAGCUGUACAAGUGAAUGUGGACAAACGACACCAUCAACAAAUCACUGGAGCUUCGAACACUGCCUUCAGUAACCAACAACAAAAUCAGACAGAUGAUCUGUUCGAGUCGCUCUACCAGCUUCCUCGCUCAAAAUCAUCUCAGGCGCAGGCCAAUUACAGCAGUAACGUGAACUCUCAAGUCCCGUGCAGUGGGUCCUCCAGUGCACCAGUGACAGGACUGGUCGGAACAGUUAACCAAUACCCAGAAGGCCACCCUUCUCUGGAGAAACUCAUGUCUCUUCCAACAUCGUCAUCCGGCUCCUUGAUAGAGAGACCUCCGCUGAGCCCCGUUCUGUCUCUGCCUUCCAACUCUUUCACCAACGCCACUCUACCUGGGACCCAGUACAUUCCGUAUGUGCAAAGCUACCCUCACCUACCCACAAACGCCACAAAUGCCGCCGAAGAUUUCAACCCGUUCCAGGCGUCCUCUGUGUCCCAAGUCAGCACCAAUGCUGAAACUCAAUUGCCUUCAGAAUCAUCCGACGAUGCAGGAAUCACCAUGAAAGAUACACCAGAUAGCCCUCCCGAACCGGCCGGUUUGACAAACACUCAUCUGCACUCUAAGGAUAACUCUGAAUUGUCGGCUACGGAAAAGGAAUAUCUUUCGCAAGGGAAGGAUGGGCGACACUUGCGAGGAGUCGGGCUGGUUGAGGCUGAUCACUCGCUUGCCUCCUCCCUCAACCAGUCCAUGUCUUCUCUGUUGGACAGUCAGGAGGAUAUCGCACAGCAGUCACCGGUCAAAAUCCUUCCGCCGGCCCCUGUGACGAAACCUCUGCCUCCUCCUUCCUCCACCACCCCUCAACCGUCUCUGCAGUUUCCACCUCCGAGACAAGCCGGACACCUUGCCCAGGAUCAGGUAAGACAAGCAGAAGAAACCAAGAUUGAGCCUGCACCAGCACAGACUAGUGCUGCUGCUGCUAGCACGCAAGGUUUUCUACCUCCACUCCACAGCAGUUCACUCCCUGCAAUGUCCUUGCAAUCACAAUCUGUUUCAGUGAGCCAGCCUCCACCUCUCCACACCUCACCCUACUUGGUGCCCUCUGGACACCCCACACACCCUCCCCACCAUCAACUAUGCACCACUUCAGAGGCACCCUCACACGGUGAGGUACCCAGAGAGGAAAUGACUGGAGCUACACCUUAUCCUCCUCAAGUUUCCUCAGUUCCACAAGGAACUGUUUUUGUUUCCCCUUUCUCUUCACAACCACAAGUUCCUGCCACAACAAUGCCAGCUUCAAAUAUGUCAAUGCCACCUCCACAACCACCCCCUUCCCAGUCUCAACCGUUGCUACAAACUCCUCAUGCAAACCCAGCUUCUCACACAAUGUCAAUGUCACCUCUACAGCCACCAUCUCCCACUUCUCAGCCUCAGUUGUUGCUGCAACCAUCUGUGGCGUCUUCAGUGUUGCCUCCUCAUCCACAGCCAAUGCUGAAUGCUGCAGUGGUGCCUCGGGCUGUUCUUCUAUCAGCACAGACUGGGCUACAACCGACCCAGGUCCCUUACGUUUUACCACCUCCAUCGAAUAUUCACGCACCCCCUGUGGAACAUUUGCCACUCACUCAAGAGAGGACUAAUGCCAAUAUUGUGCAACGCAGCUCGCACGAUGGGAUGUCAGUGUCAGUCCAACCUCCACCAAGCUCGCAAUUACAGCAACCUACAGGAUCACUGCAGCCCACGCCACUCAAUAGCGGACGAGAUCCAGCAGACCAUAUUUAUGGAGAAAGUGGCCCACCGAAUGUUGAUAGCUCAAAUGUGCAGACUCAACCUCCUCCGUUGUUUCUUCCUCCUGUAGCACGUGAUCCGUUGUCAAAUGCCCCAUCGAAUGCCGUGCUCUUUCAGUCCCAGCCGAGUAUUCCAUACAAUCCCCACUCUCUGUCUCAACAACCACCCCUGCACUCUAUUCCAUCUAAUGCCCACCAACCUCUUCCAGGUGUUCUAUCUAAUGCCCACCCACCACAAACCGAUGCUGUCAGCAGUGUCCAGGGCAUUACACCAAUUGUCCACCAACCAACACCUGAUGGUGCUAUUAGUACCCACGGUGUCCGAUCUAAUGCAAACCUCACCCACUCUAUGGCUCGGUCAUUAGUAACUGGUGUGCAGCCACCUCCCCCUCCUACUAAUACCCAUGCAUCAUCUGACAAUGUAGGGACACAACCACAGCAUCUGUUGUCUACAGCCAACACUACCGGAACAAUGGCCCCACCACUCAGCAACAAUCCACCUCAUCCCCAGAGUGUACCCCUCCAUCAAUUGCCAACAAAUGACAACAUAGCCUCGACUCCUGAUUCCGUUUUCUCGCCGCCAAAUUCAGAGGCUCCUCUGGCAGCAAGCGACGUGGCCACUGGUUUUUCAACAGUUGUUUCAGCUCAUCCAGCUAAUCCGUAUUCGACUGGGCUAACAUCAGCACACUUUUCUGCAGUUCCGCCUAAAGUACACCUCACUCAAACGCAGGCAACUUUAAAAACUCUGCCAAAUGCUGGGCCAAUGACUGUCAGUAUGUCUCAAGCUCAGAUUCCUCCAAGUUUUGCUCCACCGACUGGCAACUAUCAACCUCUAGGUGUUUCCGAAACACCCUCAAUUACUACUCCAGGCCUUGUUCAAACUUCAGCAACAAGUAUUGGUAAAUUCGAGAUGCCCUCAAUGCCACCUCAACCAGUCCCAAGUUUUCUCAGAAAGACCGAAGAUCGUCAGCCUUCAGUUUCAUCUCAAUUUGCUCCCUCAUCGACGGUACCUAUCUCUGGCCAUCCACACUCAACGGUAACAGCACCGAUGGCUCCACACGAGCAAAGAGCUCCUGUUGUGGAUCAUCACAGACUUGCCGGCGGAAGACCACACCCUCACGGCCCCGCCUCCCACCAACAUCCACUCUCUUCCCUUCCCCCACCUUCCGGCCACCAGCAGUCACACCGCGGUGCGGCAGAGCACCCCAUGCCCCACCCUCAUCACAAUGUCUAUGGAGGUAAUAGGGGUGACGGGAGACCAUGGAGACAUACAACUGAUCUGCAACAACAGAGGGACAGAUAUGACCCGUACUAUGGCGAAGACCCCUACGAGUAUGAGAGACACGGCCACUACUAUGAAGAUCCGUACUAUAGAGAUUACUAUAGGCCAAGACCAGGUAGCAGAGCCCCACACGUGUACUAUCAGGACCCACACGAGGACGACCCGUACGGCUCAUACUACACCGAGUACGAUCCUUACACAGGUAAAUAUUACUACGUAGAAGACCCGUAUGGUGGUUAUCCAGGCGAAUAUGACGUAUACCAUCGUGACUAUUAUGGGCAUCCAAGGGAGGGUGUACCCGAUCAUGCUCGGUACACGGAACAAGGUGAUCCCCACAGGCACACGAGGGAGCAUACUCAAACUCAGCCAAUCAGCCACGAGACGGGAGGAUCCUACCCAGACCAGUCCACCAUUGACGGCCCGGGAGGAGUGUUUGAAGAGGGAGGAACGUUUUUCGACUCCCCAGACACUCGCGGGGCCCGUGGUGGACCACAGCACCGCUCACCAUACCACCCAGAGGGGAGCAGCAUGCAUCAUCUGUAUCCAAACCCUUCCCAAUAUGGUCCAGAGCCUCCCCUACAGCCAGACUGGGGCCCUAGCGAACCUCCUGUUGCAAGCGAACCCCUGGAACCUCCCAUUGUCAUCCGUAACACUCCCGAAAAGUUUGCCUGUCCUCAUGUGCGGGCCAGUUUUGCACCGGGAGGUACACUUGUCGUGGUCCUCCCACACAAUCUCCGGGCUUUCCAGCGAGCCGAGGUGGAGCUGUCGCACGUGACAGAGCUCGUGAGUGACUCGGUCCAUGCCAACUUUGUGAGAGCCGUCUCUGAAUUCCCUGGACCCUUGAUGCCGGGAGAAACCCCGAAGAGUGUGCCCAUUUCCUAUGCCGCGAGACAGGCCGAGCAGUGCCGGGCCAAGAAGCAGGCUGGAGAGGAGAAUGAGGAGGAUGAGGCGGUGCUAAAGGAGCUCAAUGACGAGACACUGCUCUGGGAAUUUCUGGUGCUCCUCUGCCAGCAGAAUGGAGUUGUGGUGGCAAGUGACAUCUCUGAGCUGCUCACGAGGGAAAGGGCGACCGUUAUCCCCAGUCGAACUCACGUGGGACCCGGAGAUCAGGAAGAUGCACUGGAGAACAUCCGACAGCUUCUCAUAAGUGGAAGGAAGAGGGAUGCUCUCGAGCUGGCCUGCAGCCGAUGUCUGUGGGGACACGCUCUCAUGUUAGCCAGCAAGAUGGACGAGCAGUGUCGUACGUACGUCAUCAACCGCUUCACGGCAAGUCUGGUGACCACAGACCCCCUGAGUACCUUCUACACACUGAUGUUGGGAAGAACGCCAUCGGCUGUGAAGCCCGAAGGUCUCCGUCGUGCCGGGAGCUGGCGUCCUCACCUCGCCAUGAUUCUCGCCAACCGAACCAACAAACUGGACAACACCAGCAUCAUGACUCUCGGGGACUCUUUGCUGGAGAGCGGUCAUCUCUGUGGGGCCCACUUUUGCUACCACCUAGCAGAUAUACCGUUCGGAGUGUACGGUAGCACCACUUCCAAGUACCUGCUGCUCGGGACGCCCAACAGUGAGCUGGCAAUGGGAGCAUUUCCACGACCUGAGCACCUCAGAAAGAUGGAAGUAUUCGAGUAUGCCAUGAGUCUAGGGAAACUAGAGUACGUCCUGCCUCACUUCCAGGUGUUCAAGUUCCUGCUCGCUCUUCAGCUCACCCAGUUUGGAAUGGUAGCAAAGGCGUUCAAGUACUGCGAGCAGAUAGCGGCGUUCAUCGGAAAGUCUCCUGGGAAGUUCUCUCCAACUCUGCUGCACGUAUUGGACGACCUGUCCACCCAACUCCACCACCUCAACCAUCCUCACGGAGUAGUGGAGACAGAGCUACCGUCCUGGCUCCUCCAGCUACAGCAGACAUCCAGUGACAUCAUGGCUGGGAACUACACCUCCAGUGCCCGCAGUACUCCCAGUCCCACUUUCAGCUCUGUCAGCCAGGUGUACGGCCAGGGUAGGCGCAAUUCAUUCGUAGGUACGGCUAGACAUCAGUUCCUGAAGGUGCCUGGUAACUCGUACAAAGCCGGCAGCGUUGAAUCCUCGACGGCUACUUCCAGCAAAGAGGGAAGUCUCGUCGGUGGCACCCUGCCUCUAAUGCAGUCUGCAGCCCAGCAGGGAGCUUACCAGCCGAGCAGCAACCUGCUUGUGUCACAACAGCAAGGCCUGGAGCCUGUACAGCCACCCCUGGACGAAGGUGGGGUCCAAGCUGAGGAGGUCCCUUACUCACAGAGCAAUCAGCACCCGGAGCUAGAGGAGACGGUGCCAGUUUCCAGUGGAGUCGAUGGGACUAUCACUGCAGCACAACCAUACUACACCACUCAAGACCACAUGCCAUACGGUGGCGCAUACGCGGCUACAACUGACCCUACUACUAGUGAAGGAGACUAUGGAGUGUUUCAGGUUCCACCAGCAUCGGAGCAACACUCUACUUUCGCUGGAAGCUCUGGUGAAUUUGGUGUGACAAAUGCUGCUGUGGGAGAUGUGCAGCCUCAACCGGUGGCAUCGUAUGAACAGCCAAUGUAUGGUGAACAGCCAAUGUAUGGUCAAACUUUAGAAGUCCAACCACCUCAGUGGCAACAGUAUCCAGCCAUGGAGGGCCAGGGACAACAAGGAGAGCAAGAGCAGCCUGUACAGUUUGGGUACGGUAUGCCCGCGACUGAUCCAUCGCAGGGUGGGAUGCUUCAACCAAACCUACAGCAACCUCCGAGCCAGCCCGAGUAUGGAGCCAACGUCUGGGAUCAGCAGUACGCUGGACAAGCUCCCGGGGAGACUGUUUUCAGUAGCAGUGGAGCCAGAAACACACCUGCAGUAGCUGGCGAUACCGGCAGAGAAGAGAGAGAAGUUAGGGAAGAGGAAGAGAAGAAGGAGGACACGGAAUCAAAAAAGAAUAAAGACAAGCCGGGAGCAGAACCGGGCACGUCGGGAGGUAUAUUGUCGUUCUUCAUGAAACCGUUCAGGAAGACGGGCCCACCGAGGGCCAAGCUACCGUCUGACAGAGAGCCCAGCAUUGUCUGGGACAAAGAGAAGGGUAAAUGGGUAGACCUGGAUGCUGGAGAUGAGGAUGAGCAAGAGCUGGCCCCUCCACCCACUGACUCUAAACUAUCAUCGGUGAGACAGCAGCAGUGUGGACAGGGGACUGACUCAACUGAUGGGACCAGGCCCCCCGGUCCUGCAGAGGCUUCUCAACCCACGGGACAACCACUCGCUGCUCCACCAGCAGUGUCUAAUGCCUACUCUCGCCAGGCAAUGGGCAGGAGAGGUGUUCGCUCAAAGUAUGUUGAUGUCUUAAACCCAGCUGGUAACAGUGUGGGUGGAGCUUCCACACAAGCUCCACCCCCUAGUAUGGCCCUGCCUCCCAUGAUGUCGGGUGGUGCCCCGCCCUCUUUCUUCGUUCCUCAGCAACCGCCUACAACAUCAGAAGGAGGGGAAGUUGUGCCAGUGACAAACACCCAAACCACCACUGCCACUGCGACCUCAACACAGCCAGUGGCCAGCUCUCAGUCAGACCCUCACACCAACCAACACCCCUCCCACGAUGCAACUGAGGUAAUGGGAGUGCCUCCGUCCACUGCAGUGGAGUCAUGGCCUCAAAUGCAGACAGCACCUCCUCCAGCCCAUGAUCAUCAUCAUCAUCAUCAUCACAGAGAUGACCACCGCCAUCAUAGAGCCCCAAAUGUCCCUCCCCCAGCGUCAAAUGAGCCGUCCCAACCACCCCCACCCACUCAGCAGGCAAUGCCUCAGUUCUUCAAUCCGAGUGCCUUUGCCCAUGUGUCCAGUAUGACUGGACCCCACCGUGACCCCAUGGAUGAUACAGUUAGUUCACUAUAUAUUUCUUAUAUAGCUCUAAGAUACUUCAACUUGCUUAUGAAACCUCUUAUGAUGUGAAAUGUUUUAUCUCUUAGCAAUCCACUGUCAGUGAAAUGUCCCAAGAAGUUAGCAGAAUAAACAGCCAUCAGAUGCUGCCAGCCCCGAGAGCACCAGUGAUGGGCAGUUACAACAGGUUACGUCAUGGGAGAAGAGUGGCAUACCCUCAGCAGGAGCUCAGUGGGCCUCCUCCCAGACAUAAAUAGUGUGAACGACUUAGCUCUGUAUGUCUCACGUUAGCUUUGGUGCAAAUUUUCAAUCAUCAAGUUUAUGCCUGGUUUUGUGUCGUGUGUUAGUCUGUCUCUCUGCAAUAUACGAUUUUUGUGCAAGGAACCCUUAUGGCU